AUGGAGAACCAGCUGUACCACAACCACGUGCACGCAGCGCCGCACCACCACCCUCCCAUGCUCCUGCCCAAACUGGAUGCCAUGACCCUGCACGCGCCGACGACAGGCGACUACUACUGCCUGUACAAAACCAACAAGUGCCGCAACCUCCGCGGCGUCAAACGAGAUGGAACCCUCCAUCGCCUGUGCAACGACCACCGCGAAAAAGCCAACGAGUCGCAGCGGAAGAGCGAGACCAAGAAGCGGUCCAAGCAAUCGCAACCGAGUGGCGGCGGCGCACCACCGUCCAACUACCACUUCCACGAUCCGAGUCCACAAUACCAGAGCUACACGGCCAACUCGACAUUGGGGCAACCGCACUUGUUGUCUCCGACGCGACGGUGGCAGCACGUCGAUAGCAGCAGCGAUGGCAGCCAUAACAACAGCCCACACAACCACGACCACCGCGACGACAACCAUCCGAGGGCAGACGGGUCGAGCCGCAUGACUUUGGACUUUAUAUUGGCCCAUGACGGCAACGAGUACGACUCGGACAGCUGCUACAGUUUAGAAGAGCACAGCAGCGAUUGA